ACAUAAAUACGGAAGUAAUCACGUGAUCGAUGACGAUCUAAAUUUUUUUUCCUGAUUUUAUUUUUGUGAAUGCAUUCUGGACAGCUGUGUAUCGAAAUGGGAUGGGUGAGGCAGACGUUUUGUCAUGACAGAUAAUAUCCUUCAAAUCAUAGAGUUAGAAUACACUCGAAUGAUAUGUUGACACUGCAAAGUUUCACAAAUUCAAGACAUAAUCACGACUCUGGUCUCUGCUCAGCCCCAGCGGACGUGGACUGAGUCUGACUCUGACUGCUGCUGACUGACUGAGUCAUAGUGGCAUCGGUCGUGACGUUCCACUUCCAGUGCCAGCGGUAACUGGAGUGCAGUGCAGUCGUCCCGAACCCCAGCAUAGCCGUGGCAGUGCAGUGGAGUCGUCAUAAACGUUUGACGUCACCUCAUCCUCGGGCGCGGGCUCGCUGAGCUGGGACUGGGUACUGUAACAUUGAUUGCCAAUGUAGUGCUUACCUAUUGUUUAGAACAUGGAAGAUCCAGAAUUCAUAGAGGAAAGUCCCCCUGAGCCGUUCCAUACACCAAGUGACCAGACCAAUAAUGACAACCCUCUUGGGAGCUUGGAUAACAAUGACAUAAUGAAUGGUGAGGACAGUGAGGCCGGAUCUUCUGCCGGGCCAGAAGUGCCUCCUCUGGUUUCUGCAGGUGACCGAGAGGAAACUCCUAAUCUGGAAAAUGAAAGUGAUACAGUCAUAUUGAAAGGAGAAGGUGGUAUAGGUAAUACAAAUCAGAGCAACAAUGGAGAAUCAAUUUUGGUGACAGACAAAAUGGCAGAUCAUUUAGAAACAUCAAGAGAUGCUGAAACAAUUUCUACAGAUGUUCCAUGUCCGGAAAUAUCUGUUGGAGAAACUGAUUUACAUAAAGGCAAUUCAGAAAGCAAUAUAUGUGAAAAUGACAGACUCGGAGGGGAUGAAACAUCUAUACAGUACUCAGAAUCCAAUGGAACAGGUCAUGUCAAUACAAACUGCAAUGGAAUUAUGGAUGGUGUUGCAAGUGAUGAAGGGAUGAAUGAACCAACCAAGACUUCAGACCUUGAAAGUGAACAGAAUGUAAAUCCUCAGCCAAAGAGUUUGUUGCAAUCUAGUUCUGUUUUCAAUGAAAGAAUUAGUAGUGAUGGAGGGAGUGUAGAAAUAGCAGAAGAGGCAGAGGAGAUAUGUAGUGUUAAUGAUAAGGAUAACAUUGGUGAUAUGAUAAGUCCUCUUGAUGAUGGCAAUAACUUGGAAAAUAACAUUCAACAUUCCAAAGAAGUCUCAGCAUCUUCCUCUUUAACUAUAGAAACCAAUGAUACACUUGAAUCUUUGCCAGCAGUUGAAAGUUCCACUCUUGUUUCCCACUCGAAAGACUGUCAAUCAACACCAAUGCAGACUAAUGAAGAACCAGCUCUAAACCGUCCUAGCUUUGAUCACAAAGGGGACAAAGCAAAGUCAGAUUUGUCCAAUGGCUCAGAACUCACACAGAGCAAUGUCAAGACUGCUGCCGAUGUUGAGGAUGAUUUGCUUUCAGAGUUGGCAGCUGAGCUGGAUGAAGUUGUUCCAGAGCAGAAAGUUUGUGAUGUUGCGGUUUCCGAAGAUCUUCCAAGUAGUGAGAUGGAGAGUAGUACUCAGGGAGAUGGGGAUUCUUUUGAUGUGGGCGAUGAUGUCAUGAAGAUGAGGAGACUUGUUGGAGAGUGGAAGAAGAAGUACUGUCAUGCUGAAGCAAAGUUGCAAAGCCUCCAAGCUACUGCUACUGCUAAAGCUCAUCAAAAUGAUGUUAUCAAAGAGGAACGUGCAAAGGUGGCAGAGGAAAUCAAGAAGGAGACUGAAGCAGUAAGAAAAGUACAUCUUCUCCGCAUACAAGAGCUUGAGAAAGAAGUUGAGCAGAGGAAGAAAGAGAAUGCUGCUGCAAGGGAUCGUCAAAUAUCACAUGACACAGCAGCAAAGAAAGCUAUCAACAAAUUACAACAUGAGAUGAUUCAAAGAGUUGACCAGGUGAAGCGUAUGUAUGAGGAUGCUGUGAAGGAUAAAGAGAACAUGGUCAUCCGCUAUGCCAAGAGUGAAAAAGAAAAUCUUGAUUUGAAGAAAGCUAAAGAAGAAAUAGAGAAGAAGAGAAGAGAUGCAGGUCAAGGGUUAGAGGUCAUUGCAUCUCAUAAUAAACAACUCAAAGCAGAGAGGACCAAACUCAUAGGCGAUUUGGAUAACAAGGACAUGGAGAUUGCCAAGUUGGAGAAGGAGAAGGAAGAGAUGCAGGAUGAUGUAUCAUCAGUUGGUAUCAAGGUCAAAUGGGCUCAGAAUAAACUCAAAACAGAACUAGAAAGCCACAAGGAAACCAAGUUGAAGCUGACCAAGACUGAGCAGAGAUUACAAGAAGCCAAAGAAGAGACAGAACAGAUCAGAAAAAAUUGUCAAGAAAUGAUUUGUACAUACCAGGAAUCUGAGGAGAUCCGAUCUAAUUCGCUUGAUAUACAACUCAAGGAGAAGGAGGAAGAACUCAAAUUACAUUUUCAAGAAAAGGAGGAUCAUAUGGAGUUGCAUAACACACGUUUAAAAGAACUGACUGCGCUGAAGAAGGCACAUCAUGAUACUUUAGCAGAAUUGGACUCGUUAAAAGUCAAGGCUACCUGUCUUGAAGAUGAGAGACAGCACACAGAGAGUUUACUAGCUCAGUUCAAAGGUUUACUCAACUCGCAGAAAGAAGAGAAUAGGAAGCUUACCAGACAAAUGGAUGAACUGAAAUCACUCAAGAGACAACUAGAUGAAUCCAAGGAGAAUGUUGAAGUGCUGGAGAAGACGAUUGCCUCCAGGAAAGAAGAUGAGAAGGACCUGGAGUCUGAGCUUGGGAGGAGUAGAGAGAAGGAGUCUGAGCUCCUGCAGUUUACAGAGAGAAUGACAGCAAAGAAUGCAGCUCUUCAUUCUGAUAACAAUGUACUCGGUUCUAAGGUUGAUAAGCUGACUGAAGAAUGCAGAAAGUUAACAUCUCAGGUAGAAGAAUCAAAUUCACAGAUCUCUCAGCUGACUGCUGACCUAAAUCAAGAGAAGCAGUAUCGUGAGAGAGAGGCUGCUCUCCUGUCGGCUCGGCUCAGUGAGAAGACCAAAACGCUAGAUCAGGUCAAAGUUCAACUAGAUGAUGCCAAAGAUGAGAUGAAGACACUCAAGAGAAAAAAUGCUGCUAAUCUCAAGGACCUGACUCGUCAGUUGCAUCUUGCUAAGAAGAGAAUGGAAUCCCUUGAGAGUGAUGGUAGUGGUGCUCCUGUCAACAAAGAUACCUUCAGCUCGGAGUCUAGGACCAGCUCCACAGGAUCCCUGGAUACCUUGGGAAACAGCACCCUCAAUGGUGGUACUGUGAACAUCUCAUCAGGGAGCAGCGGUGGAGGUAGUGUCGGUAGACAGGAAGACUCUCCUCAAUCAAGCCAGGACCACACAGUAGCGAUAGCAGGGGGUAAUGACUUCCCUGGUAUUGACAAGGCCAUGCUGGUAGAUAGAAUUGUCAGGCUUCAGAAACAGAUGCAGAGGAAAGCAGAGAAAAUUGAGUUUCUUCAGGAACACAAUAGCCAACUCAUUGAAGAAUUACAGAAGAAAUCAAAGAUAAUUCAACAGUACAUUAUGAGGGAGGAGGCAGGUGCACUCAUACCAGCCGUUAGUGAUGAAAACAAAGCACAAAUGUCCAAACAGAGUGGGAUCAUGGCCUCCGUAUACAGGUCACACUCAGUUGACCCCAACAUGACCCUUGACCUUUCACUGGAGAUCAAUCGCAAACUUCAAGCAGUACUAGAGGACACCCUCCUCAAAAAUAUCACUCUCAAGGAAAAUAUUGACACCCUAGGCCAAGAGAUAGCAAGACUAUCUGAGGAAGCACAGUUCACAUCAAGAAAGCGGCAAAACAAUAGUCGGAUAAAAUGAGUAUUUCUUUUUAUUCAAACAUCAAAGAAUUGCAGCUAGUCAAAUGGAACCAUUCAGUAGCAGUCUACAUUGUCCUUCAAAAGUUCAGCCCUGAGCUAUAAUGUCUUGCAGAUGUACACAUGGAUUGUGAAAAUAAAAUCAGGAAGAUGGUCACUUCAACUUAAGUUAAAUUUCAAAAUAUGAUGGAGACAGCACUAUUUAUAUCCCCAAAUUCAAUCACAUCAUGUACAUGUAUGCCUGCUGUCAUCACUUCAGAUUAAAAGAUGAAAUAAAUAAAUGUGAGUUUUCUCGGCAGGUUUGUUUUCUUAUCAAGGUUUCAAACUUUAAUGAUAUUUAUACAAGAUAUAGAAAGGAAUAAUGGAGGGAGUGGUUCUUUUUUUUUAGAUAAACCAAAGGAACUUAAGAGUAAAUAGCCAUUUUCCAAUAAUGUGGAAAUAGAAUUUCCAUUGCUUGAAAAACCUUUCAUUUCUAAACUUCUACACUUAACCACACUCAUCAGUUGUCAAACCUCUUGACAUAUUGCUUAUAUUAAUAUAUUCACAGCAUUCC